AUGGAUGUCUUUAAAACUCGGCAGAAAUAUAAACCACAAAUACAAACGUGCCUCUGUUUCUCAGUGAUGGGGCAGAGAAGAUUUAGAAUUUCGAUGGGUGCCCUUAUUGCUUCACCGGAAGCAGGAGAUGCAUCGGUUAACAUUGUACCGCAAAUGAAGAAACGUUCUGCUAUUACUGAUGGUUGUUCGAAGAGUUUUGUUUCUACAAUGUCAGACAAAGACGUCAUUAAUGAGAGUACCUUGAUGCCUACAUCGCAUUACGAUUAUGCCAAUGAUAUGAACAAAACUGAAAAGAUGUUAUUAAUGGAAAACAGUGUCUUUGACGAAACGAGUAUUUCCUCAAUUCAUGAUAAUUGCCAAUUCCCUUACUAUAGGAGUAAUAAGAACAGUGGUAGAUUCCCAGAUGCGGUGUUGGUAAAGGAUGUAGGUGUAUCGUGCAUGCUUCUAAAUCAAAAUAUUCCCGAAAUAUCUACUCCAGAAGCAAGUGGUUAUCUAGUUAAACAGCUUAAAAAAGAAUACAAUGAUUUAUCUAAUAUUACUAGUAAAAUAACCGCAUACACAAAAGACAUCUUAAAUCAUUUGUCAAAGAGAAAUCAUAGAAAAAAUCAACUGUUCAAAAAUUUGGUAUCCUCAAAACAUGCAAUAGCAUCUCAAUAUAUAGAUAAUAAAGGCAAUCUUUGUUUAAAGUUAAGGCUAAUUAGUAAUGCUGAAACACAAUGUAGGCCUAAAGAAAUUGUUAAAGAAUCUGAUAGUAUAUUGUUGCAGGAUAAAGAUGUUAUCAGGAGUUCCUGUAAUAAACGUUGUAAUUAUCACAAUUAUUAUUUAACGAACUUCAAAAAAAGAAUUCAUUUUUUAUACACAUAUUUAGCGAAAACCCGAAUUACAUAUAGAGACCAAACGACAACGUACGAUAGAAAUUUCAAGAUGAAACACGAAAAAGAAGUUCAAACAAUAUAUUCUAGAGAAGAUGUGGAAACAAAUACUUCAAAGGCACCAUCACGCAGCACCUCAUCUAUUUAUAAUUAUUUCUCGAUGAGAACGAGAAAGUCUCCGAAUGAAACGUUAAAAUCUACAUUAAUGAAUUUCGCCGAUACGGAUAAAUAUCGAAAUGAUUAUAAAAGUAACGCCGACAAAGAUGGCAAAGAACAUCUAAAAAGUUGCAGUCCAGUGAUGCUUACUAAUUGGAAAGAAAUUUCGAGAUCGAAACUAACUAAAAAUAAACCAUUAUCUAUUAUUCCCGAUAAAUCAAGAGAAAUGACUCAUACAAGAGAAAAAUAUUUACAGAAUCGAUUUUUCGAUUCAAAUACGAGUAACAACGUACCUGAUACAGAGUUUCACACCGUUAAUGUUCGAAUUGUAAAACAUAAUAGAAAACAUGUAUAG